CGCUGCUCGGGGAGCGGCUGCCGCCGCGUACGCAGUUUCCAUGGGGACUGAAGAUGGCGCCGCGAGGUAAACGGUUGUCCUCCACCCCCCUAGAAAUCCUGUUCUUUUUGAACGGGUGGUAUUAUGCUACCUAUUUCCUGCUGGAACUCUUCAUAUUUCUAUAUAAAGGUCUCCUGCUACCGUAUCCAACAGCUAAUCUAGUACUGGAUGUGGUGAUGCUCCUCCUUUAUCUUGGAAUCGAAGUAAUUCGACUCUUUUUUGGUACAAAGGGAAACCUCUGCCAGCGAAAGAUGCCACUUGCUAUUAGUGUGGCCUUGACCUUCCCAUCUGCCAUGAUGGCCUCCUAUUACCUGCUGCUGCAGACCUACGUGCUCCGCCUGGAAGCCAUCAUGAACGGCAUCUUGCUCUUCUUCUGUGGCUUAGAGCUGCUGCUUGAAGUGCUUGCCUUGGCCACUUUCUCCAGUAUGGACAGGAUUUGAAAUACAAAAAUUUCAGCCAGCAGCCCUCAUGGGUUGAGAUCACACAUGCUUCUGGUACUUUAGCAACACCAGUGAGAAAUGGUGGGUCAAGUUGUCCUGGGAAAAGUUGCAGCUUUUCCUCAGCAUAGACAUUUGGGCAAUAAACUGAGCAUAAGGCCAUGGGCACCGUCUUCUAAACAGGACCGUCAGCCUAAGAGAAUCUUCUGCAGUCCAGCAUGGGGGGCGACAAGGCUGUCCGCCUCCUGGCCCUUCUCAGAACGUUUCAUGCUUUCUUUGAUCAUCGUGGCCAGAGCGUCUUAUGUGGACAAUGUAGGCUCCUUGGGCUUCCAGCAGGACCUGAGUCACACGUACUCCUUAUACGUGCUGUGCCAUACCUGUCACGCAUGAGGACAGAAAGCCUCAGGAUGGUGUGCUCCAAGUAACGCAAAAGCCUCUUAUCCCAUUCUUCAGACUGAGCUCCAGAACUUUUUUAGUAGCUCAUAGUGUUAUUUUUCUACUUUCAUCAUGAAGCAAACAUUUUAUAAUAAAUACAUAUUUUCCGUUGUGCAGCCUUUUCCUUAUGGCACCUGUCCCUAGAAAUUCUUCCACUCCGAGAGAGGGUAGAGACUAUCCUAGGUUUGUUCUCAGGCUGUGCUUAGUGAUCCAGGAUGGAUACAAAGACUAUGAUGAAGGUGUCCCACUGAUUUUCUUCCCCCAGUUCCAGCCUGAAUUAAUUCUUAAAGGCGCCGCCAGCUUCUAUGUCUUCUUCAGGUCUGUCAUCCUGCAAGACUGCUUGUAUUCUUCACCUCUGCCCCAAAGCCAGCAUCUUGUCUCUCAUUCCUCUUACAGACGAUUGUCAGCUCCUUUCCAGGGUGAGGUGUAAUUGGAAGAAGCAUAUUCUCAACUUACCAAUAAUGUUGGUCACUUAAUAUUUCAAGUUAACACACUAUUUUUUUAAGCUGGAGAAAUGUUGCCCUAGAUGAGUAUAUCAACCCCUUCUCCAAGUAACCAUCUUUAAAACUUUCUCAUCUUGCUUGGUUGUGGCUUUUUUUUCCCCCAAGAAGCCACCGGGAGCCAUGACAGAAUUUACUUUAGGAAACCUUGAGUUAUAUGGCCCUUCUGUCAGAUGAAUUCUAGAAUAUCUGUACUUACUCAAAGUAAAAAGUAAUUGGCCUUUAAGCAUUCCAUUUUGUUUUUAAACUCUGAUUAUUUUUUGUGAUCAGGCUCAUUCUCAUCCUGUGAAGGGCUCCAUUGUCUAAUGCACGGAUGCUUUUUCUUGUUUUCUAUUCCUUCUGUGUCCUUGCCUCCUGCCUUCAGAGUUCUAUCCAAAAACCGUGGUAGACGGGUCUAAUGAACCAUGGAACAGUAUUUAAAAAAUCCAUAAGAAUGUUCCUGAUACUUAAAUCACAAACCCCACUAAUACCCCGAUUUUCUCUCGCUUCUCGUACUGCUUUCUCUAGCCCUGCCUUGAAGAAAUCACUGGCAUUAAACUGGAGAGGAACCCA